GGAAUUUUGAGCGAAGGAAGAGGAAGAGGGAAUUUCAAUUGUACCGCUAGAAAAAGAUACGGUAGCAGAAAAAAGGUCGAAAGUUUAAUUUUCCCAUAAUAACUACAAAAGUGGCAGCUGUAAUCGAGAGCUUGAACAUUACAUUACAAGCUUCGCAAUCCACGAAUACAAAUCUACCUCGUCACAAACAAAACGAACAAAUAUUGACGCAGCGCGCACUUCUUGACGGUGGUGAUUAGAACUGCAGAUAGGUUUAAUUAUCUCAGGUUUGCGACAAUAAAUCUGCUGGAGAGAACAAGCAGGAGUUUCUAGCAAAUUAACCUUAUCACCAGAAGAAUUGCGAUUCAAUCCAUUGCAAGGACGGCAACAGCGACGAGAUUUCCACACAAUCACAGCGGGAGUUGUUCCGUACAAUUACGAUAUAAUACCAAGGUUAUAAUUGGACAACAUAUCAAUCCCUAAAUUCCGAAAUCAAUUAACAAUUUUGGGUGUGGUGGAUUUCACAAUUUGACCUUACCACCAGGGCCUCUGAGCUAUUUACCCCCCCUUUUCAACCAAAUAUCGGAGAAAGUACGAUACGAUGCCAUCACGAACCCUCCGAAAGCGCUCGCAUAGAGCAAGCUCACGCGAUACACAUUCCAAUUCAAAUCCCGACCCAAACGCAAAUACAAAUACAAAUACAAAUGCUUCACCAGAUACAAUCACGGUACGAACUACGACGACAACAACUACUACAAUGAUGGUUGAUAAGGAUGGUGUUGAGGUUGAGGGUAGUAGGAGAGUCAGUGGAGGAAGAACAAGUAAUGGUGGGAGAACAAGCACUGGUUCUGGAGAGAAAAGACAGAGAGGAUUGGCGGAAUUUGGUAUUACGAGAAGUCCACAUCCGCAAGGAAAGAAACGCGCGCGUGAGAUCGAGGGAGAGGGAGAGGAAGAGGAAGAGGGGGGCGAGGAUGGGAAUACCAUGAAUGGUGGAAACAUGGCGAAUGAAACAAAUGGAAUAACAAUUGGUCCAAUGAGCUCUACCCAAGAUCAAGAGGAUACAAAUACACCCAAACGCAGAAGAAUCAGCACAACGAGUCGGGUUAAUGGUUCGAUUACUGUUACUGGAACUGGAGAGAGGGAAACACCAAGGGAAAGAGCCAGGGAAAGAGAUGUUACAGUCAGCAUGGAGAACUCAUUACCUUCGCCCCCUGCUGAAGCAGGCGAUAAUGAGCAUCAUGGAAAUCCGGCUGAGGUUGAUGUUGGAGAAAUAAGUUCGCCUUCUGAAAAUAGAAGUGGUGGAAGUACUGGGACAGAGGCGGAGACGGCGAAGAAUGUUGACGAGAAAGAGAAUGAUGAGGAAAAAGAUGAACAAAGGGAAAGAAAUAUCGAUGAAGUUGUUUUUGGAGAUUUAUGCUUCAAGAGUUGGUAUUCGAGUUUUUACACCCGCGAUGUCAUCGGAAAUGGAAUGAUAGAAAAUCAUUCUCAGAGUGUAAGUCAAGGAAGUGGAAAAAGCAGCAAGAGUGGAAAGAGCGGCAAGAGUGGUAAGAGUGGGAAAGGGGGAGACAGAGAUUCGAGAGGACCAAAGGGUUUGCAGGUUGAUAGAUUGUUUGUCUGCAAUUGGUGCUUUGGAUAUACAGUCCAUGGAGGGGAGAUGACGAAACAUAGAGAAUGCUGUGAGCGUAAAGGAAGAGUGCCUGGAAAUUGUGUUUAUGAACAUGAUGAAAACGGAGAAUGGAGUGUUUGGGAAGUGGAUGGAGAGGUUGAGGGUACAUUCUCGCAAUCCCUGUCUCUCUUCGCCAAACUCUUCCUGGAUAAUAAAUCGGUCCUCUACGAUGUGCAGUCUUUUAAUUAUUUUCUUCUCGUUCACACCAAUCCCGGUACGAAAGAACAACAAAUCGUAGGGUUCUUCUCAAAGGAAAAGAUGUCAUGGGAUAAUAAUAAUCUAGCUUGUAUUCUUGUUUUUCCUCCAUGGCAAAAGAAGGGAUUGGGAAGUAUUUUGAUAGGCACGAGUUAUGAAAUUAGUAGGAGAGAAGGACUACUUGGAGGACCGGAGAAACCAAUUAGUGAGUUAGGAAAGAAGGGGUAUGGGAGGUUUUGGGGGGCAGAGGUAGCGAGGUGGUUGUUGGAAUGUGAGGUUGGUGUGGAUACUUUAAUGGGAGAGGAUGAGGUAGUGGAUGAGGAAGAGGAGCUUGAUGUUGAGGUGAUUAAAGUGGAAAAGAAACCACCGGCGAAGAAACCAUCGGGGAAGGGAAUGGGAAAGGGUUGGAGAAAGGGUAUGAAGGGUGUGGGCAUGCAGCCUCAAUCUCUUUCUCAACCAUCCUCUCAGUCAAAGGAAAAUCCAGGACCAGCACCGAAAUUAACGCCAAAAGCAACAAAAUCGACGCCAAAAUUACCCGUAACACCGCCCAUGGAAGAUACCUGCGGCGCAACUACUGUGGAAGCUAUUAGUAAAGGCACAUGGAUAGCAGUAGACGAUGUUCUUGGCGUCCUCAGAUCAAUGGGCGUACUUGAAACAGUCGGUGGCUCAAACAGAGAUAAAUCGGGAAAGACGAGUGCAAGUACACUAGGGGGAAGAAUUGAGAAAGCGGGGAAAAGAUAUAAAGUUAAAGUAGAUAAAGAACAAAUCCGCAAGUGGGUAGAGAAAGAAGGAUUGAGUUUGGAGAAGUGUGUAAGGGAAGAGGGGUUUGUAGAGGGAUAUGGAUAUGCGGUUAGUGAUGUGAGUGGAGUCAGUGGCGAAGGGAGCUUGAUGGAAAGUAUUGAGGGGAGUGGGGAAGAGGUUGAUGAGGCGGGAGAGGAGGAUGAGUUGGCGUGAGAGGAGCUAAAAGAACAUGGUAUAAACCGGAAUAGGUGUUUCGGUGUCUUUGGUGAUAAAUUUUAAGGGAUCCAAUUCGGUCGGAGUUGGUUGGGCUCAUGGGGACUUAUCGGUUUGGAUUCAGUUUAUUGUUUAUUAGAUACCAUAGCGAGAGUCGUUUGAACCCAAGACUAAAUAUAAGUGCA